AUGAUUUUGGUGUCAUUUUUAAAUGGAACGAAAAAAAUAUGGGGAAGAAAAGAAAAGCCGUUCGUGAUGGCCGUUUUUAAGGCUGGGAAAAACGUUGGGAAAGCUUUCACCAGCUCAAAUGGCCACACCUCAAAAGGGGUCUCGGAAAAUGUGAACGGCAAGGAGAGGUUCAUCCAGCUGCGGCACUCGGACAGCGCUACCAGGUACCAGGCAAACGGAAUAAUGAAGACAAACAACUGGCCGAAGAAAAAAAUCUCAAAGAAGAAAAACGAACUGUACAUUUUCCUAAAAAAAACAGGCAACAAAAAGGUAGACUUCCACGAUCUAAACAUUGCGCUAACGAAAAAGAUAGGGGAAAUGCAAAACUUUAAUGAAAUAUAUAAGUUGAUUUAUUACAACAAAGACAUUUUAGUUCCCCUCAAUUACGUCGUGUGUGUUUAUAAAAUGUACAAACUGGCGAAGCAGAAAGACUGCAGGGUGGUGAAUUACGAAAUGUACGUAAAUAGCCGUGUUGUUGGUGUAAGCAUAGAUGAGCUAUGCCGGAUGGCCGCCCUGGACCAAGAGAACGACUAUGGGGAGAUAAGUCAGAGGCUGGCUAUACAAGGGGGGGGAAGCACCCCCAUCAGAAGCAGCUGUGGAAGCGGAGAAGGGCGUGAUUUCCCCAAAAGGAAGAGAACCCCGUAUGUGAUGGACCCUCAGGAACAACCACGCCAUCUCUGCCUCGACUACAAAAACGAUAUUCUACAACACGUGGUGGACAAAAUGAACAAAAACUAUUUUGUAAAAAAGUUAACCUACCGACACGUAGCCAACCUGCUCUUCGCAUUGGUAAAUUUAAAAUAUUACGACAUGGCAACCUACUUGGUCUAUGCCAAACAUAUCAGCAGCAUGUAUGUCCACUUGUCAUCUCAGGCCAUCGCAAAUGUUACCUACUCGUAUGCUUUACUUUUCAGUUUCUACUCAAUCGAUUUUACAACGUGUUAUGAAAAUUAUGUGUACAAAUAUUACAUACCUACGGGGGGAGGCACCUCAGGCCCGCUACAACAUGACCGCAUAAACUUAAUGUUUUUGCUGCUCAGUCGGUGGAUGUGCAUGAAGGCUAUCAUACACGUUAACCGAAAUUGUAGGGGGAAAUACGACGUGGAGAGAUUUUACAAAGGCGUUUUGUCAAACACGGAAGAGCUAAAUGAAAAGGAAAAAAAAUAUCACUUACAAUUUAACGCGGAAAAUGCCAAACGUGAAGAGAAAAAUUUUUUUCAGGAAUUUUUUAUCUUCCUGUGGAGUGUGUCCAAAUUGAAAAUUAACAACAUUUACAUCGAUUUGAUGCUCCGUACGAUUCACCAAAAUAGGAAGUAUUUUUUCCCAAAGUUUAACGAAAAGGAUAUAUGUAAUUUUAUUCAAUCUGUGUGCACUUACUAUCCGAUGAAAAAAUUAAGUCAAAUGGGCAAGUCCACUGGGAAUGCUUCUUACGCGGUUUCUCUUGGUAAGGCAGACCCGUUUAUCACUUUUGAUUAUGAUGCCUUUUUGAGGAGCGCCCUCCUUUGUACCCUCUUCCAUUUGAAAAAAUGCAGCUAUCAGCACUACGCGAUUAUUUUCAAGUGCCUUCGGAAUUUGCAAAAUUUGGGUGAUACCCAUAACUGGGAGGGGGUGCCAAAUUGGAAUGACCCCAUGUCUUGUUCGUUGCCAUGUGGAAGCAAAAGUGGUGCGCACUCCUCUGAGGCGGAUCAUCAGCCCGAUUAUUCUUCAAAAAAUUAUUCAGUAGGUAAAGAAGGAGGAGAAACACCCCCGUUAUAUUCUCCCAAAACGAACUCUGUAGAAAAUAUUUUAAAAAAGCUUGCAAAAGUUGUUGUAAAGAGUUUACUUACAAAACUUAGGAGCAAAAAUGAUGACGUUCUUUACCAUGUGAAGUACUACAAGCGAAGCUCGGCCCUAAACUUACAACACUUGUCUGUGUACCUUUACAAUUUAUCCCUCAUGAGUGAACAUUACGUGGAGGAUAUAGCAAGGAAGGAGCUGACCCAUCUGCUAACAUCCAUUUUGGAGAAAGGCAUAAAACGUGUGCAUUCCUUUAGCAGCAAAAGCGCAAAUGUAAAACUGGAGGACAAUUUUUUGCAACAGAGUUAUGACAACUUGGUCUGUCUAAGCAACAUGAACUACGCGUUAAAUAAAAGUAACAUUUCGAACGAAUCCCUAGUCCUACACUCAGCGGUACAUUUCUUCAAAAUGUAUCACCUGUUUUACAAGGCGGAUAGAAAUGAGGAAAUAAGUGCACCCUUUUUUAACCUUCUUGAGAAAAUAAAUGAAAGAGUAUUAUCCAUUUUUAAUUGGACAUUUUCACACACAGGGGUGGCCCUCAUGCCAUUAUUCACUUUAAUUAAUUACCAUUAUUUGUACCUUUUAUAUGUGAAGGACGCCCCCAAUAUGUUUGUCCUUUUAAAGAAAAUGUUACUACCAAUGACUAUAUACAAUAAUGUCACCCUCUACCAGCUGCGCCUCAUUUUGAAGCUUCUAACAAACUACUACAUGUCUCACGUGGUUAGUAAAAGGGAAGGCGCUACUAAUUACAUGGACCGUACCCACGAUGAUGUGCUAACUUGCAUGUACAGCUUAUCUUUAAUAAUAGCAAACAUCUCGCAUAACAUACGGAGUGAGAAACUCGCCAUGCAAGGGAACACCAAACAGAAUAGUGACAAAGGGGAGUACAUCAAUUUUUACAUAAACGUGGCGCACACCUUGUUAAGAAGUUACUUCUAUCGCUUGUACAGUUUAAACGAAGGAAAUAUAAGGAAGCACAUUUUGUGCCCCUCCCAAAAUGAAGACACCCUUAUGAAAUUUUACACCUUUUAUUUAUUCGUAAAAAUGAAUAUGAAUAAACAUGUGCACUAUGAUAGGAAUGUUGUGAAGAAAUUUGUAAACUCCAGUGCGGUAUCCAAAAAGGGGUUUUACUUUUUGGAAAAGUUACUUCCGUCCUUUUCAGAGCAGAGCAGUGGCAGUUUUGGGAACAAAGAAGUUUUAUAUGGGGAGUCAUUUGCACACACCGAUUUGGAGAUGAGCGAAGGGGCACAAAUGAGGCACAGCUCGGGGAAGGAAGCGAUGACCGAUGAGCUUGAGCUAAAUGAGGAGACCUGCACAGUGGACAAUUACCCCAACGAACGGAACCACGCUCAUAUGAAAGGAGAUAACAACACGGGUGCCCUUCCACUGUACGUAAACCACAUUGACAACAGAAAUUACUCCCCCAGGGAAAAUUUCGGAAUUUUUUAUUUAAUACAAAAAAGCAUUCACCCGAAGGAAAUAAAAAUGAAUAAAAAAAGCCUCCUCUUUUUAAAGCAGCCGGAUGUAUCGCAAAUUUUAUUUAACCCACGCGUGGAUAACGAGUUGAGGGAAGUGGAAAAGCGAGUCCUUUCAACGUUUAACCUAAUAGCAAGCUCCAAAUCGCAUAUAAAGAUAUAUAACUAUAUAAAACAUAUUUACGAAAAGAAAAAAAACGGCAAAGAGGAAACCUUCCCUAUACAAAACGAAUACGUAGUAAAUAAGAAGGACGCUCUUUUUGUGGUAGACAUUUACGAUAAAAACACAAACACCAUAUUCGAAAUCGACGGAAUUAGUCACUACACAAAACAGUACGUGCCAAACAAAUCCCUGGACUCUUUUAGCUUUUUUUACAAUUACAAAUCGUACUACAUUUUUAAGCACUUAAUUUUAAGGGAAAAUUAUAACAUUGUGCAUCUGCCUCUGCAUGACAGCAAGUUGUGCCGGAGCAUCAUUUGCGACUACUAUAAGGUGACAAGCGAAAAUGGUUAG